AUGACUUCUCCAAUGAUUCAAAAAGAUAUUGUGAGUGCUUGUAAGAUAGAAACAAUUAAAGCUAUUCUUGAGGAAUUAAAUGGUGACUACUUUACUUUACUAGUUGAUGAGUCUUUUGAUGUGUCAAGCAAGGAGCAAAUGGCUAUUGUCUUACGAUAUAUUGAUAGAAAUGGAUUUGUGAUAGAGCGGCUUCUUGACAUUGUUCAUGUUCAAGAUACUAGUGCUUUAUCUCUAAAGAGGGCAAUUGUUAAUUUACUUGCUCAACAUUCCUUAAGUCUAUCAUAUGUGUGUGGACAAUGUUACGAUGGGGCAAGCAAUAUGCAAGGUGAGAUCAAUGACCUUAAAAUGUUGAUUAGAAUUCAAGAGGCAUUAGAUUUGGGUGAGCUUACAACCGGUAGUGGCUUGAAUCAAGAACUUGGUCUUUCAAGAGCUUGUGAUACGCGUUGGGGAUCUCAUUUUAAAUCUUUCAACAAUUUUAUUCUUAUAUUUGGCUCUAUUCUUAAUGUUCUUGAAUCACUUGUUCUUGAUGCACGAUUAUUGGAUGAAAGAGCCAAGGCAAUGAGAUAUCUUGAAGCUUGUCGAACAUAUGAGAUUGCGUUCAUGUUGCAUUUGAUGAGUGAUGUUUUAGCAAUCACAAAUGAGCUUAAUAAAUGCUUACAAAAAAAGGAGCAAGAUUUGGCAAAUGCCAUGUUACUUGUUGAAGUAGCAAAAAUAAGGUUGCAAGCAUAUAGGGAUGAAGAAUGGGAUUCUCUUAUUACUAUGGUGUCUUUGUUUUGUAUCAAGCAUGAAAUUUUGGUACCUAACUUUGAGGAGCCAUAUGUUAGCUCUUUAAGAUCACGAAGGAGACUUGGUGACAAUAAAGUCUCUCAUCAUUAUCGUGUUGAGGUAUUUUCCAAUAUUAUUGAUUGGCAACUUCAAGAACUUAAAGAUCAUUUUGGCGAAGCGACGACUGAUUUGCUUCAUGGAAUUUCUUGUUUGAAUCCAAUUGACUUGUUUUCAAGUUUUGAUAUUAGGAAAAUAAUGAAAAUGGCUAAAUUAUAUCCCGAUGACUUUAAUGAAUUCAAUAUGGGUUCUCUUGAGAAUCAACUUGCAAGUUACAUUAUUGAUGUUCGUGAUGUUGAUGAAAGGUUCUCCAAUCUAAAAGGGCUUUGUGAUCAUUCGAAAAAAUUAGUUCAGACAAAGAAGCAUUCAAAUUAUCCUCUUGUAUUCCGCUUAGUGAAACUUGCUUUGCUUCUGCCGGUUGCCACUGCAUCCGUUGAAAGAGCUUUUUCAGCAAUGAAGUUUAUCAAGAAUGACUUGCGGAGUCAAAUGAGUGAUGAUUUUUUUAGCGAUAUAGAAGCUCUUCCGAACCAUUUACGGAGGAAGUAUGCCUUACUGCGUGAUUUAGAUAAAAGUCUGCAAGGUACAGACCUGAACAAAGUUCCCGAGUCAAAACGUGAUCCACCAGUUGGGAAUCUGAGAACCAAAACAAGGCAACUAUAA